AUGGAAGAUUUACUGGCGCCCGCUCGAGUCGCUCGACGAUCAACGGGACUACAGGUGAUACAGGUGACAGGUGAUGCCAUGCAUGUGUAUGUUAUACCUGUAAUCUCCUCUCCUCUACCGUUGUACUCGCGUGAUACUCAGUCAUGCGAAUAUUCAACAGUGGCGUUUGCGCCGCGCAUCAGCAAACCGUACGUGGCGUCCACUAUCGAUUAG